UUGAGUCAUCCAUAUUGGCAUUCAUUAGCAAUCGAAUUCAAUCGGUAGUGGGUCAGAAAAACAGCAGAAGUGAUAAAAUAUUAAUUGUGCAGCAGUUUUGUGUGUCUAUUUUUGCCAAUAUUAAUCUCGGUUUGAGGCAAAAAUCUGCCCUCCGUAUGUUGCGGGUGCUGUGCGGUACAAUCUCGGUUUUGCGAUAAGGGCGAAGAAAAGUGAAAACGAUAAUCCGAUGGUGUGAACCGGAGCGGGCGGAAUUCUCCAUCCAUCCAUCCAUCCGAUUGCUGCUGGUGUUGUGUGCUGCUGAUUACGUUUCGUCAUUGUUCGUGUGUCCCUUGUGUCCCUGUGACUUCUGACUGCGGGUUACUUGUCGUUUUGGGGUAGUUCAACCGAAGAAUAGGUGGCCAUCAGCAGCAGCACAGGCGGGGAUCCGAAUCAGAGCUACGUAGGAAAGCGCAUCGAAGAAAAACAGACGGUGUACAACAUGUCGGCGGGUCCGUAUAACUAUUCCUACAUUUUUAAAUAUAUCAUUAUCGGUGAUAUGGGUGUAGGAAAAAGUUGUCUCCUACAUCAGUUCACCGAGAAGAAAUUUAUGGCAAGCUGUCCGCACACAAUCGGAGUCGAGUUCGGAACCCGAAUAAUCGAAGUCGACAAGCAGAAGAUCAAGCUACAGAUAUGGGACACCGCUGGGCAGGAACGCUUCCGAGCGGUUACACGAUCCUACUACCGUGGGGCGGCUGGUGCUUUGAUGGUUUACGAUAUUACCAGAAGGUCUACCUAUAAUCAUCUGUCGAGUUGGCUGACCGACACUCGCAAUUUGACUAACCCUAGUACUGUGAUAUUUCUGAUCGGCAACAAAUCGGACCUGGAGAGCACCCGCGAGGUGACCUACGAGGAGGCGAAGAAGUUUGCCGACGAGAACGGGCUCAUGUUCGCCGAGGCCAGUGCAAUGACCGGCCAAAACGUGGAAGAAGCAUUCCUGGAAACGGCUCGCAAAAUCUACCAAAGCAUUCAGGACGGCCGUCUGGAUCUGAACUCGUCCGAGUCCGGCGUGCAGCAUAAACCGGCCCAGCCGGGACGAACCUCGCUCAGUGGAGAUGCCCAGAAUAACAAGGACAAUUGCUCGUGUUAAUCCGGUAAGUCCCAUAGAUGGUCCAGUCCAGUGUUGUUGGGGGAAAAAUCGAUUCGAUUCUCCGCUAGUGUGCUACCCAGUACACAAUCUUAUUGUCGUUCUGCCAAAGUGAAUCCAACGGAUUGUGGGAAGGGAAAGUAUAAAUUGAUUGUGCCCGAAGAGGGCGGAGGUUUGUAACUCAAACAUAGAAAUAACAUAACCGAAAGUUUUCUGAUCGGAGAAAAGUCCUUGUAGAAUAAUUCAACUGGGAAAAAGUUAUUGAAUAAUUACGAAAUGUUUAUUUGUUGUUGAUUUAGUUUUGAGUAACUUGAGCAAUCUUUGUUAUUUGCAACGUUCCAAAGCAAACGAAUGAUUUUAUGAUUUCCUGUAUCCAAUAUUUUAGAUAUUUUAUUUUCAAUCAGUAGCGCAGCACAGCAUGCACUACACUUGAACGUAGUACGUGUAUUAUACGUGUAUGUUAAACAUCUAAAACAAUAUAAAGAACAAUGUUUAUUGCAUAACAAAAUAAUACAAUAGACCUAUGAUGUAGAUGGAGAGUAAACACCUUUUGUAUAUAUGUAACCGAAAUUUCGCAUGAGAGAAAAGUAUCUACAAUACUGUAUUAACGGAUAAAAGACCACUAUGAUCAAUCUAUUCGAAAAAAUUGGAGAUUUUGACUGUGUUUUUGAUUGCUUUUGCUAGUGCUGUUGCAGCAUUUUCUCGAAGUUUUUUUUUAGUUAAGCGUACCAUCGAGGAUAUUUGGAAAUAAGUCACCUCCAACCAUAUAUUGGAAGCGUCCAUCAUUUUCUAGUACAAAAUAUAUGAUUAACACAUCUGAAUCUACAAUUUUACAUCACCCGAAUUGAAUUGUCCGUAAUUUUAACGUGCGAUUUCCCGCACCUCUAUUCCAUUUUACCUAUUGAAAAAUCGAUUUCAUACUGGAAAUUGCUGCAAUCUAAAAAGCCUAAGCCGGUCGUAAAAACAGAUAUGAAAUAACUGAUCUAAAUUAAGAUUGAAGCGAUAAAAGUUAUAAAUCUUGAUCUUAUAAAAAUAUAAAAAUUCAUGAUAAAGUAUUAACCGAGUAAAGUGAAUGAAAGCAGGCUUACAUAGUUAAUGCCUACACGAAGUGAUGUUUAAGGUAAUCAACCGUUAUUACGAAGCCGAAGUGAGCAUAUAGUUCUAAAGGGGUAAAAGAAAAUAUUAAACGAUAGUCUUGAAUAAAACUUCAAAACUGACAUUUAGAAUCUAUCACUAGGAA